UGGAUGCUGGAAGGUAGAGAUAGGUCCACGAAGAGAGCGACGGCCGAGGUCGGAAAUUAGCGGAUGCCAGUUUGGAUGAACCCGUCAAUCGUCCAGAAGCGCGUUAGAAUUGUGAAAAAGUGGUCUUCUUGGAUGGUUGCAUCGAGGAAUGUGCACAUUCUCAGCCUUCCAGGAAGGUUGACAUUGUUGAGAAGUCAUAUCCGGUCCAGGCGGAUGACAGAAUAACAAAUGACCCUGACAAGAAUGACUCUAAAAAACCAAGCCAAGGACUCAAUUGUGUCACAUUGUGACCGUCUGAUUCAAUUCCCGCUGCGCGCUUCAGCCUGAGCCCUUGCCUACGCCGGCGCAGCCUCGCUGGUGUAGCCAUCUUCCCUUUUCCCCUUCAGCAGCCACAUGCGUGCUCCCAGUCCCGGGCUGUUUCAUCGCCUGAACAUUGCCCUCAGACUGUCCCCUGCAGCCGCAUCAUUCCCACCCUCGUCAAAAGCGGCACCCCUUCAAGUCGUGCUCCAGCUUUUUGCAUGGUCUAUCACGACCAUCGGCCGCCUCGUUCUGCACUUCCACAUACUCCUCAUUUCCCUCUAUGUGUUGUUCCAUGUCUGGAAUCGCGUGCUGGACCACGUCACCUUGCAACUCGGCGGACAUUGGGAGCCUGCAUUUCCGCAGAACCGCACGUACUUCGUCGUGGCGCUCAUCACGGUUCCGAUAUGGUCCGCGGUAAUGGCAGGCGCAUUGGCAGUGCUAGCUGGGGUCCGAUACUUGUGGCGACGACUCGGGAGAGGCAGGACAAGAUUGUAUGAACCGCUGGGAGAUUUCGAAUCCGAGGGAGGGUCCCCUCGUCGACUUCGUCCGCCGCCAGUACGAAGGUCCAUUCCUUGGCUGUUUUUCCUCUGGUGCGGACUCGUUGGACUCGCUGCGUUUGGCGUCUACAUGCGCCGGACCUACGAGCUGCCGAUCGACCAUCGCUUCAAAGCCGAUGUCGAGCUUGCCAAUCGGGAACUGCGAAGAGAAGGGUACGGGACGGGAGAGAAGAUAUUCCUGGCUGCCAUGUUCUACAAUAACGCUGGGGUACUGCCCUACUGGAUCACGGAAGUCACCAAGUUGAUCAAUUACUUGGGCCCCGACAACGUCUUUGUGUCUAUUGUGGAGUCGAACAGCGGUGACGAAACGGCCACGCUUCUCGAGGCCUUUGACGGGACCCUCGCCUCAAUGGGUGUCUCGCGCUCGGUCCUCACACGCGACACGUCGAUCCCGCGUCCCCAGUCGAUGGAAACGAAACCGCCUCGUAUCGAGUUUCUUGCGGCAGUGAGGAACCUGGUUAUGAAGCCGCUUGAAACACAUACCGAAUAUACGCGCGUAGUGUUCAGCAACGACGUUUUUAUCGAGGCGGAGAGCAUCGUGGAGCUCAUCCAGACGAAAGAAGGGGAUUAUGAUAUGGCCUGUGGACUCGAUCUGGCGUAUUGGGGAUUGUACGACCAAUGGGUCAUCCGCGAUAGGCUUGGAGGCCUGGCAUCAACGGUCUGGCCAUAUUUUCAGGAAAGACUGGGCUAUGAAGCUGUGAUGGCAGAUGAACCCGCGCCGGUAUUCAGCUGCUGGAACGGUAUCGUGUCCUUCAAAUCCGACCCGUUCCUCCACCCUUCGAAACGGCACGGCCAGCUCUCGACAUCCCCGUUAUCCUGGCCGCUAUUAGCAACUCAUCCUUCUGCUGCGACGACCCCGGCCAACAUGACGCCGGCAGAAACGCCCGCUCUGGUCUUCCGUGCAUCCACCGAGACAGAGUGCUUCAGUUCGGAGAGCUUUCUCCUCCCCUACGACUUCCGGCGGCGCUUCGGGCUGGAGAAGAUCUUUGCGAAUCCGCGUGUGAUCAACUCGUACACAUGGGAGUACUACGUUUGGUUCAAGUACGUCUGUAGGCACUGGAUGGUCAAGUGGUGGAUCGAAAACGUCGAGGCGGGGGGCCAGAUGUUCCGUGCCAAGAUGAUUCUAGGAAAUCCCAGCAACUUGUAUACUUCGGACGGCUUUGAAUGUCAUCCGUGGCGGUAAUAUACGACUCGUUUUGUAAUUGCAUGUACAUGAUUUAGGAGAUCUAUGUGUUAUAAUGAUAGAUUUUUCGCUCUCGUCUUGAAGACGGAUCGUCCCUAUUCCACUAAUACAUCCUGUAGACUUGCACGAGCGAAUGAAUGAGUUUCACGUGCAACAUCUCCAAAAUCACGUGCAACAUCUCCGCUUUCCUCUCACUGCAAAUAGCAAGCGCAAGGCAUGACAGGGAGAAAAGGUGUAUUAAAAACAACAAACAGGAGAAAGAACUAGAUGUAAAGAAAACAAAGCACGUGG